ACGUUCCAGAUGCCCACGGACGGACGUGUCCAGUGUUCUGGCGCGUGCACACGUACCGCUGCAAGCCUCCUGCCGCGCGUACGUGCAUGCCACAUCGACCCAGCCCUCUGCCCUGCACCGCGCCCGCGUGUCCUUCCCACCGCCACCUGUCAUCCCGCAUCUACGGCCCCGCCGGCUGCCGCCGCUUAAGCACGGCCAUUUAUAGGCUCUACACCUCCGUGCUACGAUCGGCAUCCAGUGAGCGAGCGAUAAUAUAACGCCGAGAACAAUCGUGCGAAACAGCGCGCUGUGCCUGGGCUUGUGGACGCCGUAGACGAGAUGGGCGGCUGCGACGACAAGUGCGGGUGCGCGGUGCCGUGCCCGGGAGGCGCGACCUGCAGGUGCACGAGGAGCGGCGCGGGCGCGUCGGCGGGGCAGCAGCACACGACGUGCGGGUGCGGCGAGCACUGCGGGUGCAACCCUUGCGCUUGCGGGCGCGAGGGGACGCCGUCGGGGCGGGCAAACAGGACGGCCACCUGCUCCUGCGGCGCUGCCUGCGACUGCGCCUCCUGCCGCUCCAGCUCCACCGCAUGAUGCACGUAUGGAAGCUGGCUGCUUUAAGUUAGCAGUAAAUAAGGCCGCGUAUAUGCCACAUGCCAGACACAUGUAUGUGUCAAUGUGUGCGUGUAAACUCGUGUUUCCUAGUCGCACUUCGGUGUGUAAGAACGAAUAAGAAGUUGUAUACAGUAUGUAAGUUGGGAGUUCAUCAAUGCGAUUUGCCUGAUGCUAUAUCACACGUAAGCCUUUAAUUGUUAC